GCCCAAAACCUGGCCGGCCCUUAAAACCCUCCCCAGACAUCUAUCUCUGCGGCGUCUUCUCCUCCUGCGUCGACCUCUUUCCCCUCCGCACCCUUGCAGCGGCGGCGGCGGCAGCGGCAGAGGAGCCUUCCCGUGCACUCGCCGGACGCAUCCAAAAACACAAUGAGGAGGUACAGCCCCCCACACCGUAGCCCCCCAAGGAGGGGAUAUGGCGGCAGCCCUGCACAUCGUAGUCCCCCAAGGAGGGGAUAUGGCGGCAGCCCCCCACAUCGUAGUCCCCCAAGGAGGGGAUAUGGUGGUAGAGGAAGAAGUCCUCCAAGGAGGGGAUAUGGAGGAAGGAAGGAGCAAGGUUCUGGAAGUCUCUUGGUCCGCAACAUCCCAUUAAGCGCCAGAGCGGAGGAUCUUCGAGUUCCCUUUGAAAGGUUUGGUCCUGUUAGGGAUGUUUACCUGCCAAAGGAUUACUACAGCGGGGAGCCGCGAGGAUUUGCAUUUGUGGAGUUUGUUGACCCUUAUGACGCCUCUGAAGCCCAAUAUCACAUGAAUCGUCAGGUAUUUUUUGGCCGUGAGAUAACUGUUGUACUUGCAGCUGAGUCACGGAAAAGGCCAGAGGAUAUGCGCAGUAGAACUAGAAUCAGGGGGUAUUCUGGAGGUCAGGAAGGGCGCCGUUCCUCCCAUUAUGGUAGGUCCCGUUCCCGUUCACGCUCCCUCUCCCCACGACCUCGGGGUGGCCGUCCUCGGUCAAGGUCGUACUCUCCUGCUCCAAGACGGCGAGAUGACUACUCAGCUUCCCCACGGGGAAGGGAGUCUCAUCGUACAAAAUCUCCUAUCCGUCAUCCAAAAGAAAAUGAAGAAGGCAAGCGGAGAUCCUAUUCUCCUGCUGGCAGGGAUGGUGACCAACGUGAUGCUGAUAAUGAUUAUGAGAAGAGGUCGCCCCCACCUGACAGUGAUGGAUCUCCUUCACGCAGGAGGGCACCCGCCAGGCCAUCCUCAGGAUCGCCCCCAGGAUCCCGCUCCAGGUCCCCUGACGCGUCCCCUGCUCGCAGCGACUGACAGAUGAGCACCACCCUCCGCUGCAUCGCCAUCUAGCUUGUUUAUUUAUCCGACUAUAUCGUCUUAGUAAAACCCUUUGGACCCUUUGGGUUGUGGUAAUGUAUUGCUUGUUAGCGAACACAUAUUUCUGUUCCGUGCCUGCUUGUUGCUGUCGAACCUCCAGACUUUUUUGCUAUGUAUUGGGCACCUUCCAUUUCCCUCAUCUUUAUUUGUGUUCUGGAGUGACGACAGUUCAGGGAUCCAUUUUCCAUUUACUUUGUUUGGAAAAGAA